CUCUACCUAUAACUCAAAGGUCAUCUAAUCUCCCUAUAUAAACAUCUUAUAACUUAACUAACUAUGUACAGUUUGCACUUAUAACACAUUAUAUCUCAAUAAGUAAUUCAGGUUUUCCCAUAAACUCGCAGUCAUGAGUUUCGUAAAUAAUGGUAAUGUUGUGUUUUCAGAAGAACAGGAAGCUCUUGUGAUUAAAUCAUGGAAUGUUAUGAAAAAGAACUCUGCUGAACUUGGUCUCAAGAUGUUCUUGAAGAUCUUUGAGAUUGCACCAACAGCAAAGAAACUGUUCUCUUUCCUUAGGGAAUCUGAUGUCCCCUUGGAGCAGAACUCAAAGCUCAAAGCUCAUGCUAUGUCCGUUUUUGUCAUGACGUGUAAAUCAGCUUCUCAGCUAAGGAAGGCUGGUAAGGUGACUGUGGGUGAGGCUAGCUUGAAGCAUUUGGGUGCUACACACUUAAAAUAUGGAGUUGUUGAUGAACAUUUUGAGGUGACAAGAUUUGCGCUUUUGGAAACGAUAAAAGAAGGGGUUCCUGAGAUGUGGUCAGUAGACAUGAAGAAUGCAUGGACUGAAGCUUUUAAUCAGUUAGUUGGUGCUAUUAAGUCUGAAAUGAAGCCUGCUUCAGAAGCUUAAGUUUAAUUGAAAGAGUUUAAUUUUGACAAUAAGGAAAUUGGUUUUGAUAUGAAUGAAUAAAUGCACAAUUCAAUCAUUGCAUUAUAUUUUACUUUCUUGUAAUCCAUUUGAUCUAUACAUAGUGUGAAGUGAGAUUGAUCUCUUGGGAAUGUAUAUAUCUACUGUUUCAUUGAAUAUUAUUAGUUAUCUAUUAAAAGGCUUAAGAGUAUUAUCUUGUUGAAAUUAUAACCCAAGUGUAAUUAUUAGGGGAUUUUGGACGACUCAAACU